UCGUGCGUAACUUGAUCUACAUGAACGUUCAAGCUUUACAUUUUAAACCCAAUAAAACACAUCAUGACGAAACUCUGCAUACCAGCGGUGGACGCAGUCGCCCAGUGGGACCAGAUGGUCCAGACAGGAGCUCCUCUCAUUUCCCAGAGGUAUCACCCCCCACCCUCCCCUAAUGUCAAACCCCCAGCACAGUGGCGUGUGUUCCCUCCCCUCUGACGCGCUGGAGCCAUAUAAAUAGGAGGCUCUCCAGCUCUGCGGCACACUCGAGCUCAGCCGCUCCAAGAGCAAGUAUCUCCCCUAAAAAAAAAGCACAACAACAAGCAACAAACGAAAUGAGUCCCAGCAUCACUACUGAGGCCAACCAGCCUCUCACUGCCAGGUCCACCGUGGCCCAGAGAAAACAAGCCAACGAAUUGAGAAAGACUCUUAAACCUCUGCUGGAGAAGAGAAGACGUGCUCGUAUCAACGACAGUCUCAGUCACUUGAAAAGUCUGAUUCUUCCUCUGGUUGGCAAAGACAACGCACGCUACUCCAAACUGGAGAAAGCUGAUAUUCUGGAAAUGACCGUCCGUUUCCUCAGAGAUCUCCCUUCUACCCCUGUCAAAGAUUCCGCAGACAGUUACAAAGAAGGCUACAAAGCCUGCCUCCAGCGCGUCUCCGCUCUGCUUCCCAAAACGAGCCUGGAUCAAGACGCGUGUCGGCGGGUGAACGAGUUUGUACAGCAGUCCACGUCCGCUACCGUCACCCCAACCUGCCUGAACUGUUGCGCUCAGAGCUCCAGGACUUUCCCUCAGAUCCAACAGAGACUCCAGAGCCUUAAAUCCAGCUUCAACUCCAGACUGGAGAGCCAGUCCCGCGGCAUCAGCAGCGGCGCAGUGGCUCCCAGCAGAGCGCAGCCAGGCCCACAGGCUGUCAGCGCAGCCAUGUGGAGACCUUGGUAGAUUACAUGGACAUUUAUCUCAUGCAUGUUAUGUAUUUUGUGAUGUUAUUUAUGCUAUUUGUAUUUCAAUGAAAGUAGUUUUAGCCAUUGAGAAUGUUUGGAGUUGCUGUAUGAUAAUUUAAUUCAGCUAUUGGCUCAUUUUGCGUAUAAUGCCAAAAGGCACACGGGCACAGAUCUCAAAGAAACUGAAGUCUAUGAACGUUUUUAAAUGCAAUCCUCUUUGGGGUUUCAGAGAUAUGGGUUGUAGACAACACUUUUGUAAAACCCCAAGGGUUAUUUUGUUUGAGGUUUGCACAAUGGACUUAAAAGUAUUUUGGUCUGUGCAAAAGAAUAGUCUGUAAACACUGUGUGUUAAAUAUGAUUAUUGUUAUUAUUAUUAUCGUUCAUUGACAUUAUGUAAGAAAAACAUGUUUUGUGACACUUCCACUGUUUUGUCGCUGACAAAAGCUUUUCAAUAAAU